AUGUGGAAGCGAGUGGCAUCUUCUUCCUCAGCUCAGCUUCAAGCCCUCGCAUCAGCCUCAUGCAGAUCCUCAUCUCUCAAUCUCACCCGUCGGUUCCUAAUCUCUUCAGCGUCUUCCCCAUCGUCGACGCCGUUGCCGAGAUCCCCGCCUCCCUCCUCCCCCCACGCCACCGGCGCUUCCUCUUCUGCUUUGAAGAAGAAGGUUGAGGAUGUUAUGCCCAUUGCAACGGGUCACGAGCGUGAGGAGCUUGCGGCCGAGCUUGAGGGAAGGAACGUUCUUGAAAUCAAUUAUCCAGUUGGUCCUUUUGGUACCAAGGAAGCACCAGCGAUAAUUAAGUCCUACUAUGACAAAAGAAUAGUUGGAUGCCCUGGUAUUGAGGGAGGAGAAGAUGAGCAUGAUGUUGUGUGGUUUUGGCUGGAGAAAGGAAAGCCACAUGAAUGCCCUGUCUGUACUCAAUAUUUUAAGUUGGAAGUGGUUGGCCCAGGAGGUCCUCCAGAUGGUCAUCAUUGA